ACUAAAUAAUAGGGCCUUUUCUGUAAUUUACACAAGUCGGGGAUGGAAUGGAUGGAUAAGCCUCUGUCUGGGUCAGGACAAGGGUUUUUCUGAAGUCUCAUUCAAUACACAGUACAGUUCCAUCUCCUCUCCUCUCCUCUCCUCUCCUCUCCACUCUCUCCUUCUCCGAUCCAAACUCGGUGUCACAAGAUUAGAUUAAAAGAAGGAGCCAUGACAAGUCUUAUGAUGGCCACACCAUUCGCAGGUUCUCACACUCAUUGCAAGAAAACAAAUAACCUCUCCCUUCAGAGAGCCUUUAAGGUAUCAUGUAUGCAGACACCGUUGGAGGAGCUGUACAACGUUAAAGUGGAACGGAAAGUGUCACAGAGACGGUUAGAUGAGCUCGGGGUCUCGAGAUGGUCGGUUUGGAAGACGGGGAAGUGCAAACUGCCAUGGGACUGGCAGGUGGAUCAGUUGGUUUACAUUGAAGAAGGAGAGGUUCGUGUUGUUCCCGAAGGCAGCGAGAGGUUUAUGCAGUUUUUGGCUGGAGAUCUUGUUCGGUAUCCGAAAUGGUUGGAGGCUGAUCUUUUCUUCAACGCUCCUUACCGCGAACGCUAUUGUUUCAAGGCCUAUGGUGAUGAUGAUUGAUUCAAAAUUAGAGUUUAGAGGCAAUAAAGUUUCCGCUUGUGUUUGUGUUGUUGUAGCCUUAUGGAUCUUUUUUGGGAUGAUAAUAUAACAAAACAAUUUCUCCUCUUCUUCA